AUGCCCACCACAUACACGUGGACAAAUACCGAAAAGCGAAUUGCGGUACUCGAGACUUGUAUUCUUGAACUGGACAGGGAUGAACGCGAAUGCCUACGACUACGGGUGGAGUUGCUUUUGGCGCAAAUCGAUGUAGCUCUUGGUAACCAAUACAAACAUGUGAAGCCAAUGAAAGACGGAGAUGACCUGCUGAGCGCGUUGGACGAUGCAAUGUCGGCGACGAAAUAUUUCAAACGAUGGUUUCGCGAGUAUACGCGCUCAGAUGGAAGACUGCAUCUCGAAAAGUAUAUCUAUAAGGGAAUUGGGGUGGCUCAACGAGAGAGCAAAGCAGUUCGCAAGAUUUUAUCAAAGAUGAUGGACCUAUUACCUAAGUGGCUAAACGUCGACAUCAGCGGGUGCUAUUGUGCCCAGCCACAUCUAUUGCUUGAUCUCGAUAAAGGCUAUCGAAUGGCCAUGAUACAAGGUUCGACAAAGGUGUACGCCGACCUUGAGCCCGAGGACGUGCGCGAAAGUAGUCAGGUAAUCCUGCAGGUCCCGAUAGACCCGUCUUGUCCAAUGCAUGUGACGGUUUAUAUUCGCGAACGUGCCACUGGCUUGCGAGCUUUGUUCCGGCGGAAAUAUCGAAAAGUGUUUUAUGAUGAAUCCUUCGAUCCGAUAACAUUACUUGGUUUCGAGGGGACUCUGUAUGGUAAAGGUGACAUUGAAUUGCCAGUUACGGUGCGAUUGUGGCCGACGUCCGAUUGCGAAACGCUUUAUCAACAACUGUGCGUAGGCAGCGCAUCACGACGUGUCACAUCUUCGAUGUUGUUGUGAGUUGUAAGAACAGGUUGACAUAAAAAACGAGAGUCAUAACUGCAUUGUACGUUGAUAUUAAAGCUGUCGUUUGCCAGAGGUUCCCUUCUUGGAAAGACUUUUCAGUGCUAGUGAAGUUGUUUGUUUGAUGGAUUUUAUUGACUAGUUAAAACAACUGGCUGGGAGGACUUCUAAUGAGGUGUUUGUCGUACAUAAAAGCUUGAUUAAGCCCAUAGUUUUAAAGAAAAAAACAGCCCAGCGUGAUCUGAUGAGACAUGGCAUGCCUCGCACGGCAACCGACGCAGUUAGUAAACCCAGAGGCAAGUCUCUUCGUAAAUACAGACAAUUUUCAAAAACGGUUUGUCUCUGUAUUUUUAUUAUGUAUAAUACACACACACACACUUAAUCGUAUUUCUUGUUUGGUCGAAUAUUAGGAGAGGACUGAGGAGACUAGUACGUUCUUUUUUACCGUUCUGCAGUUUUUGUCGCAGUUUCGAUGCUUGUACAGGCGCAUCACCAUACCAUCACUGGCAUAAUCAAUUCAGAUAGUCAAGCUAACGAUCCAGACUCUAGUUUAUCAAUAAGUAUAGACCGUUUUGGAAGUUAGUGAACAUUACUCAUGACUAUAUUAUGAAUUAACGUAUAAACUUUUCUGCCACAUUUCUGAUUUCGAUUAGCAUGCUAUUAGGACGCACCACUUACUGAGCCUAAACGGUACUGGUAGUAACGGUGAUAAGUGAUUAGCCGUUGGGAAUUAUGGACAAACAUGACAGGCGCGCAUGAUCAAGUUAAUUUCGAAUACGUACGAUACUAUAAUAUCCAGCUAUACUUGGCUUUGCACUGCUCAGCAAAACUUCAUUAGGAGCUAUGGUAGACAAAAAAAAAGGACAACGUAAUAGUAGAUAUCAACUAAGGAUCAUUAUUGUUCCAUAUAGACCUAUAAUGAUUUCGUAUGAAGUUGUUUCUACUAUAAAAAAUAGGGCGGUAUUUCGAAAUGGUGGUUCGUCUAUCGUUUGUCCUCGCGAUCGUCUACUUAGCUAGCUUAACAUGAAAUAACUAGUGAAGCAUGGUCUUCUCUUUAACAGGAAUCUAACUAAAAAAAGGAAAAAGGAUUCCUUCCGUGGCAUUUUUGGCACAAAGUUACUAUUCACCCUCAGGUUUUCUCAUUGUGAGUCUAUAUAGGUUCAUCAUGUGCGUAUUUUUAUUGAUUUUUGAAAAUCGCUCUAUUUUUGGUUAUGAAAUGGUAUUUUGGGCUGACACGUUGGUGUCCUAUUGGCUGUUGAUAAC